CACCGCUGGCAAAAUGUCAAAUUUAUUUUUUCGAAAUUUGAGUGGUGUGCGAAAGUCGGAACGAAACGGAUCGGAAUCGGUGUUUUCCAUCGGCUGUGCUUUAGGGAAAUCUACUCGCAAUGGGAGCUGCUUCUAGCACUUCGAAAACCGUAACGGUCGACAAUGAUUCCCCAGUAGGUGUGAUUGAGAUUUCCGAAGAUGUAGUCAACCGAAUCAAAAGCGGUUUGCACCCUAAAGAAGUUAAAAACCAGCCAAGCGGAGAAGGUAAAGGACCAAGCUCUUAUCCGAACCCGAUGCCACCAUCAACUGACGGAAUAUACGGAGAACCAUCAAUAACUUCGAUGCAGGUUCUUCGACAAAAAGAACAGGAACUGAGGGCCAAUGAUAUCUAUUGGACCAAACGACUUCAAAAUUUGGAAUCCAACCUUAAAAAGACGAACCAAAUCUUGGAAAAGGAAUACAAUGAUGCGAUCGUCGACGUAAAGAAACGUUUUGAAAGCUCGGCUGUUGACCACCAGCUACCACCAUGUCAGGAGCUGAAGGCCAAGGUAAUUGACUGUUACAAGAAAAACCAUUACGAAACCCUGCAGUGCGCCCCUGAUGUGAAGGCGUUUACCGACUGCGUCGACAUCCAUCGCAUUCAACAGUUGCAAGUUAAAUCUUCUACUGGUUCGAAAACUGCUGCUGGAAAGUGAGAGUAUAGAAACAAACGCUAAGCCUUUAUUAGAAAAAUCAUUUUUUAUGUUCAUUCGUAUGUACAUACUACAGCAGGAGUAAACACUAAUUGGAUAAUUCAGAAAAAAAUACUUUGCAUUACAAUUUAAUAAUUUUAUUUAACUACAAAACUACCAAUGUUUUUCACAACGCGACGAACGGAAUAAAAAGAAAUUCAAUAACUUAUUCAAA